UUUGGGUUGUUUCUUUUGCUUGGAGUCGACCACCAUGGCCUCGCCUUUCCUCAGCACAACGGCAACAACAUCGACCGGCUCGUCUUCUUCAUCAUCGUCGUCGUCGUCGUCGGGCGUUGAAUAUGUCAUUCGAUCUGCUCAUCGCGCUGUCGUGCUCGAGUUUGGCUCGCGCUUGAUCCGCGUCGGCUUUGCGAGCGAGCAUUGCCCGCGGCAUCUCAUCCCAAACCCGCCCCUGUCGCACUUUGCAGACCCAACCAUCACACCAGCCAGCAAGACACCUACAACUACGACGACGACGACGCCGAGCACAGCCGCCAGCCAGCAGAGCGAUGCUGUUGGACCAGCCGAUCUGCAGCUGCUCUUCCAGCGAAGCGCUCGGCGAUCGCAGACCGCGCUGCUCACGGGCGCCCUCGUCCGGUUUAUGCAGCACGUCUACGUGGACUUGCUGCUGCUCAACCCGCGCGAUCGCAGGGUCAUUGUCGUCGAGGAUCGCGAUACGCCCGAGGCCUUCCGGAACGCGCUCGCUGCAGCGCUCUUCAGUCCUCAGCUCGACGUCCCCGCCGUGAGCUUUGUUCAGAGCCACGAUGCAACGACGCUGGCGGUGGCGUCGUUCGCUCCAGCAGCAGCAGCAGGCAAGGCGACAGAGCCCGGCACUGCGCGACAGCCGACUCCGACCGCUGCUUCAGUCGGCGGUGGGCCUGCCGCGACGUUUCUGCUCGUUGACUGUGCUCAUGCACGAACAGCCAUUCUCCCGAUCGUGCAUGGCGUUCCAGUAACGGCCGCUUAUACGACGCUUCCGAUUGGUGGCGCCGCCGUGGAGAGACAGCUCGCGCUGCAGCUGGGCAAAUCCUUCCCGAGCGUUCAGUUUACCAGUCAAACCAUCGAGGACAUUAAAGUUCGCGCGUGCUAUGUCCGCGCUAGCCGAGAACCCGCGACAACCAACCGGACGCUCGUGUACUCGUUGCAAGGCGCCCCAGAGUCGCAGCCGCUCGUCCUGCAGGAGAGCUUGAUCGGAUCUCCGUACGAUGUGCUUUUCGCGGAUGAUCCUGUCGAUGACGGCGACGAGCACGAGCAAUCUCUAGUUUCCAGUGUUCUUCAGGCUCUGCUUGAGAGCUCGGUCGACGACCGCGCAGCACUGGCUGCCAACAUUCUACUCGUCGGCGGAACCUCCGGGGCAGCCGGAUUCCUCAAGCGGUUUGCUGUCGAGCUCAACCACACUGUCAAUAACACCCCUCGUUUCAAAUCCCUUCUUCCCUUGCUCACGCCCACAGACACGCGACCUGCCUUCGGCGUGGUGGAUUCAGUCUUCCCCGUCAACACAAUUGCCUGGGUUGGUGGCUCACUGCUCGGCUCAUUGAAUGCAAACGAUGAGCGAUUCGUCACUCGAGAAACCUACCAACAGACAAAGUCCAUCCCAAACUGGGCGGAUGUUGUCAUUCCAGAAUUUUCCCCAGAGAUUGCUGUCACCCACUAACCAAAAAUGUGAAUCGCGCGUUUCGGGAUGACUACUACCGCCAAUAUUAGUUGAUGAUUCAAGACAAGC